AUGUCGGCGAUUGGAUCAUUGAUUUUCUGCACUGACUGCGGAAACCUUCUGCAGGAAUCAAGAGGCGACGUGAAUACUAUUAUCGUCUGCGAUGUCUGCGGAGCGCGAAACAGAGACAUUGUCCCGAAGACUAUCGUUUCUGAAUCGAAACCGAAUGCUUUUCCCUCCGCUCUCCGCGCGAAGAGAUCCGCAGUGCAGACCUUGACUACCGAGGAUAGAAAGACCGAAGCCGUUGCCCAGAGGACAUGUGAAAGAUGUGGAAGGAAGGAGAUGUUCUACACGAGUGUCCAAUUGCGUAGUGCAGAUGAAGGAAGCACGAUCUUCUACUCCUGUGUUUGCGGUUACAAGGAAACUGUACAAAACUGA